AUGACACGCGGCAGAAAUUUCGAAGCUGCAGCUCCCCACCACCGGCAUUGCCGUCUUGAACCGUUUGGAACUCAGCUCCAGAAGGCAGAAGAACGUGAAUCCUCCAACUACAACGGCACUGACUAUCGCGACGGGCGAGUACCCGCAGGUGAUCAAAUCUGCAUACUUUGCGAAAUCAGCCAGUGGAGGGUGACUGAGGCAGCCAUGAGUGGCAUAGAGUAG